UUAUUUUAUGUCAUCAGCAAAUUCUGUGGACGAACGCAACAAGUGUUUGUGUUAAAUUACUAAAAAUAUCCACGUGUGUGACGAAAAAACUCCCCCGUGCCGUGUUGUGAUGUUAGGGCGUUGCGGUCGCGGGCGUAGUGCGGUCCUGGCCCCGUUGAAAAUGUUCGCCUGAAAGCGCCAAGCCCCAGCUGAUUAUCCACGGCUUGGAUCGCCCAAUGCGACGCUGAAUAUCAAAAACAUGACGAAGAAAAAAACGGAACUGUACAAGAGAACCGGGAAAUCUUCGAUAAGCGUCCGUCACUUCGUCAGGAACCUCAAGGAGAACGACCUGCAUUUCGACAACAAACAAAUAACCCAGUGCGUGUUUUUGGGUGUUUUGCGAUUGAAGCCGGUGCCGAGCAUAUUCAGGACCGACGUCAAGCCCUCCAAACAGGCCAACUUGAGGCCCGUGAACGCUGCCACCCUCGCCAAAAUCAAAAGUGAGCCGACCGUUAAGGUGGUGACCAAACCCGACAUCAAAAAGUCGGACAACAAAAAGCAAGGGGCGCAAGGUAGGGUCAAGAAAAACACGCAGAAAGUCAAGGAGGCGGUCAAGAAAAAGAAUCUGAUCAAAAUCAAACUCACACCAAAGAAGAAGCCCACGAAAGACAAGCCGGUGAACAAAAAGGAGAAACCGAAGGACUUGCCCAAGCCCAAGAUGGAGCCAAAGCAAAGCCAGUCCAGGUCUCCCACACCACCACAACCCAAACCGGCUGUCCCUGACAAGGAUAACUUCAGCAACAAGAAGAAAACUUACAAAAUCAUAAACUCGCCCAAAAAGUUGCUGGCGACUGUCAUCAAAGAUCUUCCCGUCCCUGAGGUGCCAAUUGAUGAGGUAAUUAACCCAGUACACUUUUUAAUAAACAAAAUGAAGCAAAAGCAGGCUGAAUGCCGGAAUGCCUUGUUGAACUCAAACCCAGAACAAUCCGAUAACACCCUUGCAACCACCAGCAAAAAGGUGACGCCAGCCAAAAAAUUAACAACCGACAAAAAACCAGUAAAAAGCAAACCAGUCGAAAAGCAAGACAAAAAGAUGCCCGAAAGGAGUGGCAAACUUGAGCCGGCUAAGACCCCCAAAAGGCCCAGACUGGACGAACUUACCAAAGAAACGCUGAUGAAAGUGCCGGCGGAGGCGGAGAAGGUGCCCAAGCCCAGAGGCAGGAAGUCGAACACCUCCAUGGACCUCAAAGCCUUGGCAAUCAAAUCCGAGACUCUGGACGAAGAGGCGGAGAACAACAACAAAUCCGAGGACAUAAUUAUAAUACCGGACGAGUUGCCCAGCCCCUCCGCCAUCGAGUCGGCCAAAACCCUCCAAGUCGUCCAGCAAAAGCCGGAACACGACGUCAUCUACGUAAGUACGGAGUUGAGCCCUAAAAGCUUGAAAAUCAAGGAGCGCACCUCGCCCAGAUUGUGGAACGCCACUCAGAACGAGCCGCUGACGGUGCAGACUAAGCCUGACGACGUUAUUUUGGUGGGUGAGGACGCCAAAGUUCCUAGAGUCAAAGAACGCACUUCCCCCAGGAUUAAGGCUGAAAAGCCGGAUGAUUCGCCCAAAGUUCCGGAGAAACAGAAAGAAAGGACCUCUCCGAGGACCAAAUCCUUGGACAAGGAUACUAAAGUUGAGGACAAACCUGUGGAGGACAAAACUCCGGCGGGUAAAGCACAGAAGAAGCAGUUGAAAACUGAAGGUGAAGAAGUAAGACCCCAGAAAGUGUUGAGGAAGUCAAUCGGGUCUCCUCAGCGGGAUGAAAGUGCUGGACGACGCCUCACAAGACAGUCACUGAAGUCUGAUUGUGUACUAGAGACGUCCGACUCAAACAAUAGGGCCAAAAGGAGGUCCUUAAACCCGAACGCUAAAUUAAAUCCCGAAACUGAUGUGCCCAAACAAAUCCCCGACGUCAACGACAACUCCAAGCCGUUGAGUGUGCAGAAAAAGCGGGGCAGGAAGUCGUUCAAGCUGUCUGAAGUGCAGCCCAAGGACGAGUGUCCCGACGAGGACGACAAUAAGAUGGAGAAACAAGUUGAGCCUCCGGAAUCGUCGGAGCCUGAAGAUAAACCUGUUAUCCAGUCUCUGCCUGAGGUUACUGUGGAUGAUGAAGCCGUUGAAAGCAUCAGCAAAGAUGUUGAGGAAACCACCGGACGUAUUAACUCCAUCGUGGCCAAAGUGGCAGACCUGGAACAAGACGCCAAGUCGAAAAAGGCUUCCCGGGUCACCAGGUCCAACCCAACGGGCGAGAGCCAACAGGAACCAAGCAACAAAAACAAAAGGAAAAGUCUCAAACAAAAGGCCGCAAGUAAAGUGUUGGUGGUGGACGAAAACGUGGACAAGUCGCCGGAAAUCGAAAUCGUCGGCGACGACAAGACUGAAAAAACUGAGGUCAAAGACGACAGUUCCAAGGUGGCCAGGGUCAAGCCCAUAAUGAUGCAGGACAAGCCGCAAGAGCCGGAACAGGGCACCAAGAAGGAUUUGUACGAAUUCGACGAGUCGGAAGCUGAGGAGCUGUUGGUUCUACGUACGCCGUCCCCCAAGAAACAGGACCAGUCCAACGAGUCCAUAAAGCACGAAAACGCCUCAUCCGACGAGUCACCUUCGGAGAAGCCUUCGGCUAGGAAGAGGGGCAGACCGAAGAAGGUGCCAGGGGACACUCCGGACAUUAAGACUGAACCGACCGCCAAGGUGGCCAAGGGUAGGCCCUCCAAGGGCAAAAAGUUGGUGGACACGAGACCCAUCACCGAUUUCAUCGACUUGGUGAACGAUAAAACACCGGCGAAACAGCCGGAGACGGUGGCAGUGGCUGUCGAGCCCCCGACUGCGCCUUCACCAAUUAAGGCACCAGCUUCCCCGGUUAAAUCGCCUUUGAAGUCGCCUUUAAAGCAGCAGUCACUGAAGGAUAUGUUCGCCGCAGCCCGCAUAAAGCAGGAGAAGCAGGCGGAAAUCGACGCCGUGUUCACCAAGCCCAGCCCACCGCAGGACAACCAGUCCUCCCCCAAGGAAAACGCCGUGGAUACCACUCGCCAGAAGAGCGACAGCGUGGGUAAGUCCCCCCUGAUGGAGUCCAACAGCCAGUUCUUCGACGGAGACGGAGACGACUCCGAUUACGACGACGACACGCAGAGCAACAAGGAGUGGCUGCCCGAGGACUAUGCGGAGUACAAGAUGAAGUUCUCCGCCAAGAAGAUCGACGCCUACAAGGCCAUAUAUAAAUGCAAGGUGUGCCUGAAACUGUGCUCCAGCUACUACAGGCUCAACAAGCACAAGAGGACGCACGAGGCGUUGGAGAAGCCGUACGAAUGUCCGACUUGUUCGGAGAGUUUCAGCGUCAUCGAGGACUUCAACGCACAUUUGCGGGCACACAAAGGCAAAGAACCUUACAUGUGCAAAAAGUGCCACAAGGGCUUCCAAACGAAGGAGGAGCUGGAGAAGCACGAGCCGAUCCACGUGCUGAAGAAGGCGAAGGCGGUCGACAAGAAGUUCAGGUGCGACAUGUGCGCCAAGGAGUUCGGCAAACUGUGCGACAUGGAGCGGCACAUGCGCGUGCACACCGGCGAGAAGCCCAGCGUGUGCAACAUAUGCCACAAGCGGUUCCAGCAGUCGUACAACCUGAGCAAGCACCUGAUCACCCACCUCAACCUCAAGCCGUUCCAGUGCGAGAUAUGCAACAAGAACUUCGGAAGGAACGACGUACUGAACAGACACUUGCUCACGCACUCAGUGACGAAGCCGUUCAAGUGCUCCUACUGCGAGAAGGGUUUCAUCAGGCAGAUCCAGAUGGACAAGCACAUUAAGAAGGCCCACAAGGAUAAGUUACCGACGGAACCAGUUCAGGCUGCUCCAGCUCAAGAGGCGGUCGCUGCCAACAGUUAGGGCGAUCUUAAAAUUUUUGACAAUUGAGUAAGACUUGAUCUUUUAUUUUUGACUCCGGAGCUGGAUUGUAAAACUUUACGAAAGUUCUCACAAUUUAUCAACGAACUGAAUGUGAGACUGUAGUUUAAAACGUGUAAACCAUUAUACAUUUUAUAUUAUUUUUUGUGUGGACUAUCUUUGCUUAAUAUUUUUAGCAUCAACUUAUUAUUUACAUUUAUAAAAGUAAGUACAAGUAGUAUAUUUUUAUUCGACGAUACAAGAACAAGGAUUGCUGGUUUUUACAUAUCAAUUCCUUGAUUAUUGUUUGCUCUAAAAGUAAAUAGUUAUGACCAACUUAUAGGGCAAUAAUAUUUUUAUUAAAUCUACGAAUUGUCAACUGUAAAUAAAUUAAUAAUCGUCUUUUGUUUGUAUUUUUCAAUAGACAAUAACGUUAGGCAAUAACUAGAGUUAUCAUAUAUCCACUUUUUGUACUUAUAAAAUAUAUUUUCCUACCAAAAUCACUAGAAUUGUGCCUUACAAUAAAUAAUACAUAUAAUUUUUUAUAAUUUCAAAUCAUGCAUGUAAUAAGCUUUAUACACAGUGGUCAAUUAUAAACGAGCUUAAAAAGCAAUUUUUUUACCUCAGCGACAAAUACAUAAACCUUGUUUAAAAGUGGUGGAUAAUGUACAUAGAUUGUUGUGAUUUUGUUCUACCAUGUAGAACUAGUGAUUGUAUAAAUAUACACAUUGAAGUUAAUCUCGCUGUACCGAGCUCAGGCCUUUAAUAACUGAUUGCCAGAUUAUUUACCAAUCCAACUAUUUUAUUAAAGAGACAGAAUCAGUUAUUGGAAACCUGAUGAUCGUAUUUAACUCAUGGAAGGUGCUCAUAUGUAUUUUGUUAAUUAAAUAAUUGGAUAUUAUUGAACUGAAGAAAUCAGUUUAGGUUGUUGAAUAUUAAUUGUUAGUUUUGUCCCGUCUAAAUUCUCGGAGUGGCUAUUUUUGUUCGAGCAAUAAAACGUACGUGUAUGUAGAAAAUCACAAUGGUCAUAUUUAGGUUUGGAACGAGGGUUUUGUUUUAUUGUGAUACAUAGAACAAAUUAAAGAGUGCCUUGAACUGUAGCAAAAUACAUGUGCCUUUUUGUCAUUCUUAUUGAAAACAUAUAUAAUUUAUUUAUAACUUCUUAGUAUUGAUAUGUAUUAUUUAAGGAUUAGUUUAUUACACAUAUUUUUAAGUGCUAUGUUCUAAUUUAAUCCAGAAAAAACAUAUUAUUUUCUGGCGGUGUUAUGCGCCGCAUUUUUUACAAAAUAAAAACCAUAAAACUGUAA